GUGUGUGAUUCGGUCAUACCUGGGUUAUUUGAUAGGACAAGGCAGGUGUUAUGCAUGGUCCAUUUCCCGAUGACAAUACCUAUAAUAUUUACGUUGAUUUUACGUUAUCAACGGCAUCUGCUGCAGGCUAUAUAAAAGAACUGCUCAUUUGCAAAAAUCAAUAACAGCUUCACCUAUAGAUUUUCUUUGGAUUUUCUCGAUAAAAAUUUUUGUCACCCCAUCGGUGUGUAUUUUACCGACGACAGUUACACAUCUGCUAGACGGAUUAUGUCUUGUGUAUCAGCCGGCGGUGUGAUUGGUAGAUACCCAGCCAUAAAGGGUAUACGUACGUUAUACAAAGGAUUCAGACUCGUCUCUUCUACCACAACAAUUUGAAAUACAGCACUGUCAUCGCCAUAUAAGUGUGUCCUCGGUAUAGCUGUACAUACCGUUUUAGUUUGUGCUGUGUCCUGAUGACGUUCUGGCGAUGUUUAUUGUGAUCAGCUGGUGAUACUUUUCGGCUUCAGACGAAUAAUCGGCGGGACAAAUUAUAUUAGUCGAGGCCUAAGGCUGAUGUAUCGGUUGUGGGACGAUAUUGUUGUCCUCUAUUUACCCAGCUGAUGUGCGAACUACCCUGGUAACACUGGACAUAUAUACCUACAUUCUAUAGGUAUAGGACACUAUUGUCAGUAUUUAUUUGACCGAAAGAGGAAGCUAUUUAUUUGACCAGCUGUGAUGUCUAUAUAGGCACCCGGCUAACACAGGAUAUGAAGCAUUCUAUGGCUAUUUGACAUAACUUAACAAGACCUAUGAUUUGGUCCCAUUGUGUGUAAACAAUCGCUUGUGAUACCUUUGGAAGAAAUCUUCGUAACAUUAUUGGAUAUAUAUACAUGUAUAUAAUCCAGCUCUAACUACUUAGGAUCCCAGGUCAGAGUUUUCCUGUGUAUUCGGCGGGAUUAUUCAAUAUUGAACUGUUCUGUGGGUAAUAUUACAUAUAGCCAAGGUUUUAACACACAGAACGCCAGUGACUGCCGAUAGGUAACGGGAUUGAUUAUUGACCCUGCGAAACAGCACGACAUAAUCAAUAAGGGAUAUGUAAUAUCGACCAGAAUUUUUCACCAAGGUUCGAAAGUGCAUAAAAUCACACCUAUAUUUUGUGAAAAAGAGAAUUGUGGUCUUGUCAUGAUCAGCUGUGAUAGUCAAGUCAGGUGUAUCUAUAUUUCUACCUGGUAGGUAUGAUAAAGUGAUAGUCGUUAUAAAAGGUACUAUCAUAGGUGGUGUUGGAGUAGAUUAAAGUGUUAGGUUAUCAGGUUCGAACCGAUAUAGACUUAUUAAAAUUGUGUAGAUUAUGAUCCUGUUUAGAUUCCUGACUGAUACGGAGACUUAUUAACUGUGUGGAUAGUCACACUGGUCCAACUACAGGGAAAGUUUGGUGGAGAUGACCCCAGCUGGGGUGAUGCAGGCCUGAAGAAUGUUUCAGUAUAUUUGAUACUCUGCUGGGCCAGAGGUGUCUAAUGAUUUCCUGCUGUGGGGAGAAGGGGUGAAAGAUAAAUAACUGACCACACCGGUCAUCAGAGAUACUGGUCAUCCUGGUGGUCAGAACGACUUCUGUGGCUGGGAGGUUAGAAUGUGACCAGUUGAGAGGGUCUCCAGCUGAGUUUCUGUUAAUUUGACCAGUACUGCAGAUGUUUGGUGAGUUUGAAAGUUACAUAUAAUGGUUCACUUGCACCAAAAACUAGGGGACAAAUAGGACUGACCCAUCCACCCUCGGAGAACAAGGCCGAGGAUGACUUCUACACAGCUGUCUUGUUUCUUCACAACAGGAGGAUUCCCAUAAUGUCAGACAGCUGCCAAGCAAACUGUGGAGUUUAAUUUUGAAUUUGUCAGGAUUUUACACACAAACAUAUAUAUAUAUAUAUAUCAAUGGAAGUUUUAAACAGAACCACAGGAAUAUGUUAAAAACUCCUCAGAACAAAUUUGUGUUUAUCUGUUGAUUGCUACAGGAAUAUUUAAAAAAUUUUAUCAGCUGACAUUCAGUUAGGAAAAAAGUAUACAUCAUAGUGUGUUUAUUUGAGAAGCUAUCUACAGUUGAACAAGUUCAUCUCACGAAAACAUCAACGAUGAUAUCAUUAUUUGUGAUCUAGUUAUAUCUAGGUUAUUUGAAUCAAGCAUUGGAAUCGGAAUCGAGACGUUGAUUGUCUUCCGUGAUUGUCUUUGUAACUGUUGGCAGAUAGCCAGUGUAAAUGGGAUGUGGAUUUUUACCUAAUUUUCUUAAUUACUUUGAAGAAAUUUUGUAAGCCACAGUUGGAGAAGAUAAGAUUGAAACAGAAUGCAGACAGAAACUGUUGUUGUGUUCAAACUGUGAGUUGGAAGGUUUAAAACAGAAGAUUCAGCAGACGACACUUAAAGACACCAGAGGAGUACAGAAACUUACUCCAUCAACUGUCCCAAUGUACAUCUGUGUAACGGGAAACUUUGGCUUCAAAGCUCAUCUUGAGAGGACGAUUCGAGCAAGAUUUGAGGCCAAUGAAGAGGCUAAAAGCGACUUUGGCCGAAUAAAAUUGAGAUGUGUCACAACAUCAAGGAACGGCGAUGACCUCCUGAGACAGAAAUCAAGGUCACGGUCAGUCGGCGGAUCACCGCUUGAGUCGCCAAGGACCAGCAAGCUUGUAAAUCAGGGAGGUAACCUCACACAGGGUAACCGUUGUCAACGGCAACGCUCAUUACGGAGAACGGAAGAUGAGGUGAAAAAGUCAAGGUCACAGUCAGUAGCAUAUGAAUUGUCACAAGACCUGCAAGAAAAGCAAGUGGAAAUGCUAGAAAGAAAGUAUGGAGGUUCAAUAAGAUCUCGACGUGCUGCAAAAACUAUCCAGAGAGCUUUCAGGCAAUAUUGUAUGAACAGAAACUUUGAAAAACUGAGGAUAGCAGUUGGUGAAAGAAGGUUAUCCAAACGUCUCUCUGAGCUAGGUCGCAGUAACACGAUAUGGACUGAUAGAAUUAGUGCCGAUAGUCACUACAGUACAAGCAUGGGUGCUACAUUGAUUCAAAGUAAUGGUGAUAUACAGAGACAUUCAGACACGAACCAGGAAAUUGGGGGUAAAUACAUAUCGGGUUAUGAUGCGACAGGUUACAGGGAGCACCCAAAGAUGAAGCCACAGAUGUCUCUUGAUCCCAAUAUAAAACUUGAUCCAAAUAGGGUGAAACUGCAGAGAAAGGAUCGCAAACGUUUGGAGAGGUGUACAGAGGUUGUGGAUCAACCUGAUAUACCACACGAGGAGAAGUCGCAUCUUAACGAUGAAACAAACAAUAAUCGGAAUUCUUACCCAGAAAUGAACGAUAGUAGUAAUAGUGAAUCCCCACAGAACUCUGUGGACCUACAUAGUUUUCACUUUGAAACUCUUCUGGAAAGUAAGGAGACCGACAUUUUAGUAGAUAGUUUCCAAAGUGAUAGUGCAAUUCACAGUGUUCAUAGCGAACCAAUGUUACAUCCGGACCUAUCAUCAAAUCUAGGAAUUUCCCAAAAACCUUCCACCUCAUCUUUGUACUCCAACACGAGUACGGACACUUACGAUAGUGCUAAAAGUCGUAGUGCUUCCUACGAAAAUUUUCGAACCAAUUAUUCCGACUCAGGGUCACUUGGUAGUCAAGGUGACAUUCAGAUUAAAGUAGAACAAUUAUCACCUGACGGGAUUCGAACCCAUGAACAAAAACAAAUGGCGGAUCAGACAUUAAAGUAUUAUAUGAACCAAGAGGUAAAAAUGCGUGGUAAAAAUGAGGGAAGUGCUAAAAAGCCGCCUCUGGUGCCAGCACGGGCGCCAGAAGCUUCUCCAAUAUGGAAACGCAAAAGUGCUGUGAAUGGGGGACCUGGUGCUGUAACGCCGACACAAAAAACUCUGGAACCAAAACGUAUGAGUAAUAUAUCAGAAAUGAGUGAAGCCGAUUCCCUCGAUGGACGAUGUUCUAGUUCGCCAAGUUCGGAAAAUGUGAGUCUAGGUGGAGACAGCAAUGUAGGCUAUCAAAAACGUCUAAGACUAAGCAUGACACCAGAUCAUCAACAUGUGAUGCCCAAGAUGGCUGAUAAACACCGAAAACGAACUUACAGGAUCGGACUUAAUCUAUUUAACAAAAAACCAGAGAAAGGUAUUCGUUUCCUAUGCGAGUAUGGUUUCAUUGACGAGUCUCCGCAUGUGGUGGCACGGUUUCUGAUCACGAGAAAAGGACUUAGCAAACAGAUGAUUGGAGAAUACCUUGGCAACCUUCAAAACGAGUUCAACAUGGAAGUCCUGCAUUACUUUGCUCAAGAGAUCGACUUAGCUGGUCUUCAGGUGGAUAUGGCUCUGCGGAAAUUCCAGUCCUGUUUCAGAAUGCCCGGAGAGGCUCAGAAGAUUGAAAGACUCAUGGAGGCAUUUGCAUCAAGAUACUGUUUCUGUAACCCAGACCAAGUUAAGAACUUUAAAAACCUAGAUGUUGUGUUCCUUCUGGCCUUUGCUAUCAUCAUGCUCAACACCGACCUGCACAACUCUAACAUCAAGGCAGAGCGAAGGAUGAAGCUCGAAGACUUCAUAAAAAAUUUAAGAGGUAUUGAUGAUGGAGAUGAUGUUGAUCGUGAUAUGCUGGUUGGUAUAUACGAGAGGAUAAGCACAUCAGAGCUACGCCCAGGUGUCGACCAUGUAACACAGGUGAUGAAGGUGGAGCAGACCAUCGUUGGCAAGAGACCACAACUGGCCCUGUCCCAUAGGCGACUUGUGUGUUAUUGUCGACUGUAUGAGGUACAUGACCCACAAAAGAAAGAGAAGAUCGGCCUACACCAGAGGGAGGUAUUCCUCUUCAACGAUAUCAUCUUUGUAACAAAAAUCUUCAGUAAAAAGAAGACUGGUAUAACUUAUGCCUUUAAACAAUCCUUUCCUCUGUGUGGUAUGCAAGUAUUCCUGUUUGAAACAGCACAUUAUCAGUAUGGCGUGCGAUUGAACAACAGCCUUGAUGGAAAAGUUCUCAUGACAUUCAAUGCAAGAAAUGACCACGAUCGGCAAAAGUUUGUGGAAGACCUCAAGGAAGCCAUCUUAGAGUCUAAUGGAAUGGAGCAGUACAGAAUCGAAGAAGAGCUACAGCGUCACAGUGCCAAAAAUAACACGAUCGAUCGUCACUAUGCCAACGACGACUCCCGGGUACUAAUGUACGAACUCUCGAAGCCAUCUGACCCCACCUUAAAUAGAUUGUCUGCCCCUGAAUGUGGUGGCUUGAAGAAGCUUCCCUUGUCCAACUCUCUCACUGAUCUUUGCGAAGCUCCAGGGAUGAGAAGAGGUAGCAGUGGAGGUUCGCUGGACAGUGGUGUGGCAUCAGGAAGCUCCGGAGGUGUCAACAGCAGUGGAGAAUCGUUAGGGGCCCAACAUUCGCAAGUCCAGCAUCCUCAGCGCUCACCAGUCUCCCGGGCACCUUAUUUGUCAUCACAGGAACACCGCGGGGUUCGACCACGACAUCCGAAAACCUCAGCCGCAUAUCUACAUGGUCACGGAGCAGUUCCAGAAGGUACGGAGGUAUGAGGGGCCUUCCCUUCUCCCCCGACUAAAUAAGAUGUAUGAUAUCGGCCUGAUUAUGCUGUUAAACUCCAUGGAGUCGAGGUACUGGAAGGCCCGACUGCUUCAUUCCUAUAGAUAUGAGCGAGACAAGCCAUGGAUAGAGUUCGGACAAAAAAAAAAAACUGUCAAGGUUGAACGUUGUCAUCUAGCAAUGCUGAAGAUGAAGUGGAUUCUUCAAACACCUUUGUUUUGUUCCCUCAGAAAUGAAAGUAGGUAGUUAGAAAAAAAUAUAUUGCUUAGGUGAUUU